UAGCACCCGAAGGAACACUGUGUUGGAAACUGUCCUGGCGUAAUGGUGUCGUGAAUCUGUUUCGUCAAUUUGUAUUUUUACUGGAUUCUGAUUUUCGACAGUUUAUUCAUUAUACGGCAUCAAGAUGAUGAUGGACUAUUUUGUGACCAACAAUUCCUUAGCACCCGCCCCGAUGGGAAUUCAAAGCACGGCGGGUGCUGUGCCUGUGAAAAAUGAUAAAGGUGAAUUGUCUAUGAAAAAGGUCAAGGUACAUCGUUAUGUUUCUGGUAAACGACCUGAUUACGCAGCGGCAAGUUCGGAUGAGGAGUCUGAAGAUGAGGAUUUCCUUGAGAAACGUGUACAGAAGGGUUACGACGAUAAUGAAGGCAUCACGGAUAUUACCAUGCAUUCACAUUCAAGAAUCAGGGAUGAAGAUGAUCCACGUUUGCGGAGAUUAACGCGACAACAAAAGGAAACACCAGCAGAAGUGCGCACAGAGAGACACAGGCACAUUCAUGAGCCCGAGUUUAUUGAAAUUGAAUUAGAUAGAGCGCGAGAGAGAAUCAAAUUGGAGAGCUCCGACUCGUCCGAGGAUGAAGAAUUGUCAGACUCUGAGAUAGAGAAGCGACGAGAGGCCCUGAAGCAACGAGUACUAUCUAAAAAGGAAACAGAGGAAGAACUGAUACAUGGCGAAGAGGAAGACAGAUCAGGAGAAAGUUCGGAGGAGAGCUCGGAAUACGAGGAAUACACAGAUUCCGAAGAAGAGACUGGACCGCGCUUAAAACCUGUGUUUGUUCGCAAAAAGGACAGAAUUACAGUAAUGGAGAAGGAGAAGGAGGCGAUGCGACAGAAGCAAGCGGAGAUCGAGAUAAAGAAACUCGCUGAAGAACGGAAGAGACACACUUUAAGGAUGGUGGAAGAGGCUGUGCGAAAGGAAACACAGAUAGGUAAUAAGGGUAAUCCUGAACAAGAGAGUAAGCUGAACGACGUUUGCACGGACGACGAGAACGACGAGGUGGAGUACGAAGCUUGGAAGCUGCGCGAGCUGAAGAGGAUCAAGCGAGAUCGCGAGGAGAGGGAACAGCUGGAAAAGGAACGUCUCGAGAUCGAGCGUAUUCGUAACAUGACCGAGGAAGAACGGAGGCAGGAGGCACGAUUGAAUCCAAAAUUGAUUACCAACAAAGCAGCGAAAGGAAAGUACAAGUUCUUGCAAAAAUACUAUCAUCGUGGCGCGUUUUACUUGGAUAAAGACGAUACCAUAUUCAAACGCGACUUCUCUGGCGCGACCUUGGAGGAUCAUUUCGACAAGACUAUUCUACCGAAAGUCAUGCAGGUAAAGAAUUUCGGACGCAGCGGUAGAACCAAAUAUACUCAUUUGGUAGAUCAAGACACUACGCAGUUCGAUUCACCUUGGAUAUCGGAGACUGCGCAAAAUCUAAAGUUCCAUAAUAAUCAAGCAGCCGGGAUGAAACAAGUUUUUGACAGACCUUCCUUAAAAAAGAGAAAAACUGAAAAUUGAAUUGCAUGGGUUUUUUUGUAUUUUAUUUUAUUUUCAGCAAUUACAUGUAGAAACAUUUGUAGAUAAAAAUAUGGCAAUAUUAUAACAAAAUAUAAAAUUUAAGGAAAAAACGGCGUUAUUGUAAUAAUAUAUAUGUUUCUAUAACUAUAUCAGAGAUUUUAAGGAUGUAUUCUUGGAGUCAAAAUGAGAAGUUUCUAUAAACAUCGAGUCCAAAAAUGCUUUUCCUUCGAAUUAUAACCCCCUUAAAGAUGGAUGAAAAAAUUGAAAAAUGUAGUUUUCAGAUAUUUUUCAUAGAUUGAGAAAAAGACUUUCAACGACUUGUGAAAGUCUCUAAGAAUUACAAUACAAUUUUCGAUUUUUCCCCUCAACUUUAGGCGGAACUUUUUCUCUUUGAUACCUAGAAUACGCUCUUACAAUCUGACAGUUUUAAAAAUACUGUGUAUAUAACUAAUUUAUAUAUCAUUUUAUAGAGUAUUUUAUAUAAUCAUUUUAUAUAUAUUUUUACAAAUAUAUAUAAUACUCUAACUUCUCAUUUAACAUACAAAUUUUCUAUUUAAACGUAAUCCUCUUAUUUAUGUAUAUGAUUUUUCCAUCACAUUAAUCAGAAAGCACAAUCAUCUUAUUUCAGAAAUUACUACUCUAAAGCACAUGCUAAAUUGAAAAAUGCAUACAAAAUAAAUUCCGAUUCGUAAUAUUACAAGAAAUCGUAUUGAUUUCUUGAAAACACACACAUAUCAGUAAAUAUAUGGAAUAUAUUCUUUCAAUAUAUAUUUCUUAUGUCUGUAAUAUGACAAGUUGCUAAAUUGACGCAAAGUUUAUUGUUUCUUUGUUACCAAAUUGAUAAUAAAAUAUAUAAUUUUUGAAAUCAAAUUUCAUUAAUCUAGGCAAUGUAAAGGUAUAUAAUGGAGUCAGAAUGUACAGCUAAUUGAUAAAUUAAUAGAGAAACAAUACAUUUGCAUCACUUUAAUAUAUAAAUUAUAAGCUAUAAUGGAAGCUUACAAGAUUGGUCAAAAUAAUUUAUAUAUAAUUAUUGUAAGACUUGUCGAGCAUAAAUAAAGCAUAAUGUGUUGUGCUCGAUGAAUAUCUGUAAAUUGUCAUACACAUGCGGACAAAGUACAUAAAAUAUAUGCAUACUUUUUGUACAAACAUUAUAUAAAACAAUUGGAUUAAAAAAAUUUAUAUCUCAAGUUGUAGUCUUUUUAAUGCUUGUUUGGCGGCUGCACAUUUAGCCUGCUUUUUAUUAACUCCAAAACCAUGAUAGAGUUUUUCUUUACCUUUAAUAGUUAUUUUCAAGGGCACCAUGAUCGUCUCUGUACCUUCGAUCAAUUCCGCAUCCCUGCAAUGUAUUAUAUUUUAUGUGCAUGUGUGUAUGUGUAUUUAUAUGUAUAAACAUAUGAAUAUGUACCGCAAGAAGGAUUUUUAAGCAUAUAAAGAAGCAAAAACAUGCAAAUGAAGAGAAACUUACAAAAACUUAGGACGUGCAUCUGUAUUUUCAUGUAUUAGUCGCACUGGUUGUUUCGGAAUGUUUUUGCUAAAUUUAGCUGUAAAACAUAAUUAUAUAUCUUGUUUUCAACAUAGAUAUAAAAUCAACAUAGAUAUAUAUUUGAAUGAAUAUAUCGAAAUCAAAAUAAAUCUCUUUAAUCUCGAUUAAAUCUCUCUUACUCUUAUUUAAAUAUUUUUAUCAUAUAUUGUUAUUGAUAAUAAAUUGUCAUAAUAUUAUUUAUACAUAAAACUUACCAAUUUCCUUAUGUAUGAAACAAUACACAAUUUCCCAGACUUUUGUAAGGUUCUUGCCACUAUCAAGAUAGAUGGCUCCGAUCAAAGACUCGAAUAAAUCUCCAAGAACUUUAGGAACAUCAACAUAUACUGCCAGAUUACAUUCCUCUUCUUCAAGUAAUACCCAUAACAUCUGUAUUGAAAAAGUAUAUAAAUUACGUUAUUCAUUAUAAAA